AUGCGCGAAAUCAUCAGCAUCAGUGGUUCGCAUCGAACGAACCAUGUUCUUACUCAAUUCUACAAUUGUCAAGAGGAACUUCUUCAUGAUGUCAACGGUCAGAACGAACCUGAGGUAUUCUUGAGUCCAGUUGUGGAUAAAAUCUCCAACACAGUAUCGUACUCACCAAGAGCGCUCUUAUGGGAUGCCAAAGGCGGAGCAGGAUCUCUCGGCUCACACGAAUACGAAAGCAGCCACGACUACUACUUCGAUCCCGCUCGAAAGCCAGAUGAAGCUACUCAAGAAGGUGUACAGGUUAUCCAGACCCAUGGUAGAGUGCCCAAAUCUGACUAUCAAAAGGCAAUAGAUUCAAAUGGUACAUUGCCCAAAUUGGACGAUACGAAUACGAGAUACUGGUCAGACUACAGCAAGUUGGUGUUUGAAUCGUCUAAUUUGAACUCUUUGAGGGAUUGGUACCAUAAUGUGGAGGACCCCUCACUGCCCGAUUUUCAAAAUUUGCAUCAAACGUAUUUCAGUAGCUACGAGGUCGGCUACCACGUAUUCAAGAACGAUUACAGCACGGAUUUCUUCGACGAAAAGUUGCACCCGCAGCUAGAAUCCUGCGAUGGCUUGCAAGGCAUCAAUCUACUCUCUGAAAUUGACAAAGGUUGGGGUGGAUUCACCUCUAGCCUGCUACUGGAGAUGCGCGACGAGCUUCCCAAAACAGACAUUUUGACGUGGGGCUUCAGCGAGGACGAUGCAUUGAGCUUAGGUCAACCGAUUCGCUCCACCAAAACCAAGUUUGAACUCAUCUGCAAUAAAAUCCGAUCCACGUUGAGUCUCGUGCGCGACUCAAAUCUCUUCUUCCCACUAUAUUCAGACCCACAACAGUCACUUUGGAGGUCUGCAGGCGCCUCGAAUUUGCUAUUCGAUGCUGUGAUCUCUACUGCCUCAAAUCGCCUUGCGGAAAAUCGUUCAUUGUUUCGCCAAACUGUCGGAAUGUUGACUCAGGGCGAAAGCCGACGGAACAUCGUUUCUGAGCUCAACGUCGACAGCUUGGAUUUUUCGUUCUACUCGCGCAUUCCAAGAAUUAAGACUACGGGUACCAAGACAUACACUCGAGUGGCCAUCACAAGAGAUCCUGAAUGCAUUGUUGAUGAACCCUGGAUGCUAAAAACCUACAAAUGGCAGCCGUCGGACACCAUUCCGUCAGACUACAAACAAAACACCACGUAUACGGCCAGCCUAGCUGUUACGGAAAAGCCCAGAGACGUUUUCAAAAAUUGGUUUGGCCUAGUUUCCCGUUACUUUCGGUACGAUUCCGACCGAGAGGAACUAAAGGAAGAAUUAGGAACCUUGGCAAGCGAAUAUGAAGAGGGAUGGUACGAUGAUGACGAGUCUGGGGACGACUUUUGA